AAUAAAAGACUUUAGUUUGUGGCUGACUUUCUCAAAGGAAACACAUCCAGUAAAAUCUAAGCGAAUUAAAAUAAUAAUCAAGCAAAGUCAUGGAUCGAGAUGUCUUUGAAGAUAUUGAUAAAAGAUCGGCUCAAGAGAAAAGGAAAAAUCAGUUCAACCUGAAGUUGCUCAGAUAUUUUUAUGAAAUUAUGAGCAAAAAAUACGCUAUGGAUCGAUAUGUAUUUAGGGAUUUCGAAAGAUUAUCGAAAGACGAGCAAAAGGAGCGGUUAAGCCGAGCAAAAGUGGAGCUCAAGAGAUUUUAUAAUAUAAUCCAGGAUGAUUUUGAGGGAAAAAGCAAUUCGGAUAAGGAACUAGUGGACAUGAUGAGCGGUAUGGGAUUGACCCAAGUUUCAGGAUCAGUGUUCCUGACGGAAGUUCUAAACUCAAUCCCGUAAUUACAUUCUUAAAAAAAAACCCUUUCGGUUCAAUACCCGUCGAGUUACAAAUAUAAAACAAAAUCUUGCCAAAUAUUUAAUUGUCUAAUUAGUAAAAAAAUUUUAUUAAAUAAAUAGCUAGAGAUUUUGUGAAUAUCCUGAA